AUGCCUAAAAUUACUGAUAUGUUAGAUGAAGAAAAGAGAAUUGCUGAUACUGUACUCUUUAAGAAAGAGGGUCUUGAAAUUCUAACUGAUGCAAUAUCGCAUAAGAGUCGAAUUAUUAAGACAAAUAUUCUUGUUGAUACUGGAAUGACAAAAGAAGGUUAUUCAACCAUUAACUUUCCAGCACCAUUGCUUCGAGCAACAUAUCUUCAAAAUCGGUUUGGUUCAGUGACGCGAUCUAAAUCACCAUCUCAUACAUUCAAGGACUUCAUCAUUUCUGUGUUCGCAAAAAUGAACUCUAAGGUGUUACAAAAAAGCUUGGGUGUAGGUAAUGAUUGUCUUCUUCUUGAACGUGCAUGGCAAAUGGAGUUCUACCGUGCAUCAAUGCAAGUUCUUCCUGCGGACAUUUAUGCUUCUGUAGAUGUUGGAGCAGUAUUUGGAUCAGAGGGCUACUUAGAUUUUUAUGUAAAUGAUCAGCGUAACUGGGCCAUUGAAUUAUUGCGAGAUGGAGAUAAAUUGCAAGAACAUCAAAGAUUUCAAAAAGAUGGUCGAUAUGCCUCUAUUCUUAAAUAUGCAAAAGAGUGGGCAAUUAUUGAUAUUCGAAAUAGUAAGAAAGGACCUCCAGAACAAAAGGGAAAAGACGUUAUUUAUGUUCUCUGUGCUGAAAAUUUUGAAUCUGUUCAGUUGAUAUAUCCUGAUGGAAAUAAAGAUCAUGUUCAAUUGCUAGGUGAAGAAGAAAAUUCGCUUGGAUAUGAUAUAUCGGAAUUUUUUAUCUAG